UGGGCCUCUGCAUCAGGUAUAUAGACAUAUAGUAUUAUUAUGAUAGACAGAACAACCAACAUAUAUUAUUAUAAUCGACAAAUCGCGUUCAAGCAAUUAAGUAGUGCUGCGACACUAACAAUGACUAAUACCCUACAUAGACGACUGAGUUAUGACUUAUGAAUCCAUGGUUGGCAUAUGUAUAGGACUGACUUGUGCAAGCCAAAGAUUAUGUCACAACAUGAGAACUUGGCCACAUGCACCACACUCGGAGCAAGGUAAUUUCCACCAGCCACAACUAGACCAGAGAAAUAUAUCUGCUCAUCAACAAGUCAAAGAUUAUGCCACAACUUAAAAAGAACUUGGCCACACUUGCAGCAAAGUAAUUUCCACCAACCACAACUAGAGAAAUAUAUCUGCACAUCGACAUCACAGCUAGCUUUCAUUGUCCUAGAUUGCCGCCGCAGGUCCACCAUCGUUCAUGAUCUCCACAACUUCCAUGAAAUCGGAGUUCGCCACUAGCUUCUUGAGUGAUCUCCACAAUCUAACAAUGACGAUUGACUUAGGACUUCUGAGGCCAUGGUUGACAUAUGUAUAUGACUGACUUUGUUCAAGUCAAAGAUUAUGUCACAACUUCAGAAGAACUUGGCCACUCACUUGCAGCAAGGUAAUUUCCACCAACCACAACAAGAGAAAUAUCUGCACACCGACAUCACAGCAGCUUUCAUUGACCUUGACUUUGCAAUGUAAGACUGCUUUGCUUCUAGCUCAAUCCACACGUGCUUCAUAUGAGGACAACAAAAGUAUGAUCCAAAGAAGCAAUAUUUUGCUGUGCACAAUACAAUACUGCAGGAGUUGGUCAGGGGAUGCUUUUCCAGAGAAUCUGACCAACUGCAGCAAAAUACUGCCAAAUAGUAGACGGCAAGCUUGCUUAUGUGAUUAUGCCUCUCCAUCUUUCUUCAUUUUGUCCAGAUACUUCUGUUCAUCAGGAGCCAUGAGAAGCAUCAAGCGUCUCUCCUUGCUCCAACAUCUCCUCUUCUUCCUCAUCCUUGAUCUUUCAGAGCUUGCUACCGGGCAACAAGACCAAUUCGUCUACUCCGGUUUCGCAGGCACCAACCUCGCCCUCGACGGCACCGCCACCAUCACACCAGACAGCCUGCUUGAGCUGACAAAUGGCACCUUUCGUCUCAGAGGCCAUGCUUUCCACCCGACUCCAUUCCACUUCGGCAAGGCGCCCAACGGGACAGCGGAUCAGGCUCAGUCCUUUGCUGUCUCGUACGUGUUUGCUAUCUACUGCGUCCAGGCCCAGACCUGCGGCCACGGCAUGGCCUCCAUCAUCGCCGCGAGCAGCAACUUCUCCGACACCAUGCCCACCCAGUACCUGGGGCUCAUCAACGACCACAACAACGGCAACCCAGCCAACCGCUUCUUCGCCGUCGAGCUCGACACCAACUGGAACGACGAGUUCAAGGACAUUGACAACAACCAUGUCGGGAUCGACAUCAACAACCUCGUCUCCGUGAACUCCAGCAGCGCCGGCUACUACGACGACCGCGACGAGGGUAACUUCCAAAACCUGACACUCGCAAGCUACAAAAUGAUGCAGGUGUGGGUGGAGUAUGACGGAGGUCGCAGGCAGAUCAGUGUGAGCUUGGCUCCCGUAAACAUGGCCAAACCCACCAAACCACUGCUCUCCACCACCUACAACCUCUCAACGGUGCUCCCAGACAUGGUUUACGUCGGCUUCUCCGCCUCGACAGGCUCAUUCGACUCGCGGCAGUAUGUGCUUGGUUGGAGCUUCGGCAUCAACAGGCCUGCUCCGGCAAUCGACAUCACCAAGCUGCCCAAGCUGCCUCAUCAAGGCCCCAAGGCUAGAUCCAAGGUACUGGAAACCGUACUGCCAAUAGUUUCUGCGGCAUUUGUUCUUGCUGUGGGCACCACCGCCAUUCUUCUUGUCCGAAGGCGGCUAAGGUAUGCCGAGCUUAGAGAAGAUUGGGAAACUGAAUUUGGGCCCCAUAGGUUUUCAUACAAGGACUUGUUUCACGCCACCGAGGGAUUUAAGAACAAGAAUCUACUGGGGAUUGGAGGAUUUGGAAAGGUGUACAAGGGGGUGCUUCCAAAGUCGAAAGUGGAGAUUGCUGUGAAAAGGAUCUCCCACGACUCUAAGCAGGGGAUGAAGGAAUUUGUGGCAGAGGUUGCGAGCAUCGGCCGCCUCCAGCACCGCAAUAUCGUGCAGUUGCAUGGCUACUGCCGUCGCAAGGCUGAGCUUCUUUUGGUGUAUGAAUACCUGUCGAAUGGAAGCCUCGACAAGUACCUGUAUGAUCAGGAGAAGAAGCCUACUUUAACCUGGGCCCAGAGAUACAAAAUCAUCAAAGACAUUGCGUCUGCCUUGCUCUACCUUCACCAGGAAUGGGAGAAAGUUGUGUUGCAUCGAGACAUCAAGCCAAGCAACGUGCUCCUCGAUGAUGGACUGAACGGGCGGCUGGGUGAUUUCGGCUUGGCAAGGUUAUAUGACCACGAGACUGGACCUCAAACCACACAUGUUGUUGGCACCAUUGGAUACCUAGCUCCUGAGCUAGCACACACCAACAAAGCAACCCCACUUAGUGAUGUGUUUUCCUUUGGCAUGUUUGUUCUUGAGGUCACUUGUGGGCGAAAGCCCAUUGAGCCAGCAUCACAAGGCAACCAACUCACCUUGGUCAGAAGGGUGAUUGACCAUUGGCACCAAGGAAUUCUCACAGAUGCAGUGGAUACCAAGCUCCGAGGUGCCUACAAUGUUGAUGAGGCAUGCCUAGCUCUGAAGUUAGGAUUGCUGUGCUCACACCCAUUGAUCAAUUUAAGGCCCAACAUGAGGCAGGUUCUGCGGUAUCUCAAUGGUGAUAUGCCACCACCAGAUCUGAAUCUGACACACAUGAGCUUCAACAUUCCAUCCCUGAUGCAGAAUGAAGUUUCAAUAGAUGACUUGCGUGCAGCCUUGAUGGUGUAAAUUCCACUUUCUUAUUCCAAUUUAGAUGCACAUUUGUCCAAACGCUACCAUUUGUCCAAUGUAUUUACAUGUGGAAGACCUAUAUAGAGAAUUAUUCUUGGUUAGUAUGAAAAGCUCUUAUUUUGUAUGGUUUAUCAUAGCCUGUAAGAACAAGACCUAGAUAUGUAGGGCGUGUUCAGGAGAACACAAC